UUUCUAGUAAAGAUGCGCUUGCGUUGUGUCAUUUAUAUAGGGUGUAAUUGUUAAUUGAUAUUUACAUUGAGUGCCCAAAUAUCAAGUGUUUUAUUCUGUUAGUUUAAACUAUUAAACUAAUUAAAUUUGGUUGUUAUCGCUAAUUCAAAAUUUUUAAACUUCUUUAUUUUGGAAACACUAUAAAGGCCAAAACGGAAUUUUUAUAAACGCCAUUUUGACGUUCUAUUCAUCUUUAUAUCAUUGAUAAUUUUUUUAUUGAAAACAAGGAAUUUAAUAAUUAUGUCUAACCCAUUUUACGAACUACCAAUGUUACGGAUAUGAAAUUGAGAAGAAAGAACAGGCUAAGAAGAAAGUGUACUAAUAAAGUUCCUUUCGAUGAUAAAAAACCGAAAUUAAGUAGUAAUCCUAAAAAACGAAAAGUGAAUAUUACUAAGAAAAGAGGAAAAUAUACAAUUGAUAAUAAUAAUCUCAAAGAGACUGCUUUUAGUAAUAAGACCUUACGAAUAAAUUUACUAAAAGAAGAUCUGAAAAGUUUAAAAAGAAAAUUUAAACAUUCCAAUAAAAAUAAUAAUUUAAAAAUCUGGAAAGUGAAUAAAAACAAUAAACAGAUUCCUUCACAUAAUAAAGUGCAUACAAAAGCCAAGCUUAAAGUGAAAGUGAACCUCUUUCCAAAAACUCCUAAAAUUAAAUCCAACAAAAUGGUUGUGAGUAAUGGUAAAGAAAAAAGAGUGAAAAGCUCUAGAAUGUUUUAUUUAAAGUUUACAAAUUAUAAAACUGCAGCAGAAGGUAAAUUGAAUUAUAAAUUCCAUCAGCUAAUCAAUGAUGUUAAAAAUAUGCACUUGCCUACUCCUACGUGGAAAAUCAAAGUAAUAAUAAGGCAUAAUAAAAUAGCUGCUAUAAUUUUUACAAAUAAAAGUGAGAUAGAGAGAAGUGUUAGUUUUAAUUCUGAUGAAGAUAAGUAUCGCAUAGUUAUUGAUAAUAGACCUGCAAUUCUUAUUGGAUCACCAGGAAAAGUUAAUAAUAGUCAUGAUAUUGAAGUUUUGCUAAGUCUUCUGGAAACAAUUGAAAAAGACAAUCCAAUGAUAAUAUAUAAGUAACUCUUAAUUUUAAUUGUGUUGUUAUAAUUUAAUUUCAAUUAGAAAUGUUAGAUCAAUGCUGAAAAUGUAAUUUUUUACUUUUUAUUAUUGUGCUAGGAACUUGAUUGAAUAUACACAUUUUUUUU